AUGGCCAAUGGUGACACCACCGCUUACAAUAUCGCCGUUUUCAUCAGCACCCUAUUCCUUCUCGAAUUCGGUGCUGAUAAAUUCGUCGACCACACCGCCAUCGUCGCCAGUCGGACGGGCAUUCCCGACACAGUGAUUGCUCUGCUUACCGCCGGUGCAGAAUGGGAAGAGCUCGUUGUCGUUGUCGCAUCACUUGCGCAGGGUAGACCCUCACUGGCGGUAGGAAACAUCGUCGGCUCAGCUAUAUCGAAUAUCCUCGGCGCCUUUUCACUCGGACUGUUGUUUCAUCCCACGACCUCGCACAUUGAGUUUGACAGGAGCUCUAAGAUAUACUCGUUGUGCCUGCUUGUAAUCACCACCUUUGUCGCUCCAAUCAUCCACUUCUCCCAGCGAAUCAUCUGGUUGGUAUGUGGCUCGAUCCUGGUUGCCUUUUUUGCCAUCUACCUGAUUUCCAUAGGCUGGGCUAUCAGUCGAGGAAGUCUAACCGCCCCCGAGGGCUCGGAUAGUGAUAGCAGCGACGAUGAAAGCGACACAUCGUCGAUAGAAUCGACUACAUCUGUCAGAAGUCCCCUCCUGCCGAGACAGGAGGAGCAUGAGUCUGAGGAUAGAGUUGAACAGGACCAAGCUCCUGAGAUAUCCGGGGUCACAAAUGUUCGCGACCGUCGAAGGAGACGGAGCCUCGGAUACCACAUCGGGUUUCUAGCCCUUGGCUUCUUAGCUAUCUGCUUGUCAGGCUAUGUUCUUUCUCACGCCGCCAUCAAUGUCACAGAUGCUAUUGGCAUGUCCGAUGAGCUGUUCGGUAUCGUCAUUCUUGCCAUCGCCACCACCCUCCCCGAGAAAUUUGUUGCUGUCCUGAGCGGGAACCGAGGACAUGUAGGGAUUCUUGUGGCUAAUACCGUGGGGAGUAAUGUCUUCCUCCUGUCGCUAUGCCUGGGAAUUGUUAUGGUUGAUACCGCUGGAAAUUUCGAUGGGGGCAAUAUUAGCGUCCCUGAGCUUUGCGUCCUCUGGGGCUCUACGCUAGCCCUUACAAUGACCGUUUGGUAUGGCGAAAAGUUUUGUCGCUGGAUCGGAGGAAUAAUGUUGUUUGGCUAUCUUGUAUUUAUAAUUUUGGAGUUUACAGUCAUUCAUCGUGUGGCAGAUCCGUGA